ACCACGGUCAGUUUAGCCGAGAUUUGAAUCCGGGAUCUCCCGAAUACGAAGCGGGACUCUUAACCGUUGUAAUUGAAGAAAUCUGCCAAUUUAUGAUUUGGGGUUUUCUUUGCGGUGCUGGUUCUCACCUUCAAGUCCGCGGCUUCGUGUCCCAACAUUUCCGCCACCUUGAGGACCUCAGGCUCUCUUAAGGUGUCUGUUGCAAUUUGCAAACGCUUUUGCCUUGCGGUAGUAACAGCGUUGGUAGGAUUCACGCUCUGCAGUCGUCAACUUUUAAAAUUUUCCAUUUCUAAUUUUGUUUUUGAAAGACGAACAUUUUUAUUGAAUGUCUGUGUCCGUGUGUAAGUACCAAUAAAGUUUUAAUUUUGAUUUCAUUACAAUUUUGCAAAUACGUGAUUGUGUUUUGCCCCCAAAUAGCAUUUAAAUCAAAUGAUCCAUCAUCUUGAUGUCUGGUGCCGUAGCGAUCCAUUUUAUUCCCUUUGUAAUGCCUCAGCGAUCUUCAACUUCGCUGUGGUUUUUGGUGCUGAAUCGAGGGUUGUCCAAAUCCUUGCUCCGGCCGAGAGUGGCUACGGCUCUUGUUUAUCUCGGGGAGAAUACAAGAGGAUCUGAAUGCAUUGAUGGUUGAAUUCUUUCUCGGAGAUUGUUUUGAUGUGAGCGGGGAACCGUACCAAAGACUGGUAGGUCCAUUUUUUGGGUGAACGGUAUUUGAAAGGUUUACAGUUCACUCUGGUGUUCAUGUCAGAAUCUGUGGAUUCUGAAAUUUGUUUAAUUCUGCGCAAAAAAUUUUUAUAGUCAAAAUUGUCUCCGGUGAUGAGGCCACGUUCAAUUUCUUGGUCAACCUGAGAAUUUGGGGGGGGAACAGCGAUCCUAAUUAAAUCACUGAACACAUAAAAGAGAGUCCAGAGUUGAGGGUGUUUUGUCGAGACAAAAUUUGAAUUACUGGAUUAAUUACUAAGAAACUAUUAAUUACAUAAUUGGCGUUCAGUUUCUCGUUCCUGGUCUGUUGAAGCCGUCUUCUUAAAUGCGAAGUUUUUCAUAGUCAACGACAUCGAAUUCGUGGUAGUGACAGGAUUAAUAUUCAUUGCAAAUUCUUGUUGAUAAGAUAAUCAAUGUAAACACAACACGAAAUGUCUAUAUUGUAGUACGCUUAUUUUAAGAUUAAAGUAAAUGAAUUGGUCUUUAAUUCUGUCUGGGAAAUACCGAACCCGAUAACGUGGGUCCAAAUUUGAAGAGGACGUGUGAAACAAUUAACGUAAUAGCCAUUGUAACACGUAUGUAUCUUUAUCGCUCAAGUUCACGUGCUUUGUGUCGCAUUUUUUAAAGUUUAAAUCUACGGGUUUUGCAGGGAAUGCGAUAAAAUAUAUUAGCUCAAGUGUUGGCUCUCUUGUUGAAUGAGUGGCCUACGAUACAACACAGAUAUCCUAAGUAUAGUGUCCUCGCGUCAAAACAAAGGAUACUUAACCAGACAAUACGUUUCACUCAGGUCGACAAAAUAUUUAUGUACGUGAAUAUAGAAAUAUGUGUUUCACACGACAUUGGUUUUCGUGAGCUGAAAACAGCUCAGAAGAAAAUAUAAAUAUAUUUUACUUAGAAAUCCGUUUCGUGUUUAUAAUCGUAAUAAAUGCGUUGGAGAAAUUUUACGGUCCGAGAAAAAGCUAACCUCCAAUUACUUCCGAGCUUCGGUUUAAAUUAAAAUCUCUUUUUCAUUUAAGUUGUUUUAAUAUAAGGGCGAUACCGAAUAAUCAAGCAUCUGAGUCAACUUUGCAUCCAGUUAGCCUUCAAAAUAUUUAUCUAAUAUUUGUAAGGAGAAUAACAUUAUUCUAAAUUCGAAUAAACUUUCUCAGCCGUAAAAUAACACAGACAUUAUGAACUGAAGAUAAUAUAUGCAGAUAUUUUUACCUGAAAUUAUAACAUUUAUUUAAUAAGAAAAUCCAUUCCUAUCUCUGUAAGAGUCUGUAUUAAUUGAAUCUAAUCUUUAGCGGCCAGACAGUGACUAUUUGGAUUUUAAUCAUUAUCGGUAUUUUAAUCUUUAUCGAAUAAUGCAUUCCAAAUAUCAGCAUCCUAUCUUGGUUACAAAUGCAUAUAUAUACGCGAAUCAUAUCGUAUUUCACAUUGUAACUUCUGUACAUCGAGAACUAUUCAAGGAUGAAAAUAUUUACACUACUGUCAUUAGUGCUGUUGGUAGCAGCUGCCAGUUCAAAGGAAACCAGGGACUGGUCGAAUCUGCUGUCUCUUGAACCGAAACUUCCACAUUAUCCUUUCGUCAGAGGAAAUCUCUCGCCAGGUAGUUCACGAAUUACUGGAGGUCAAGAGGCCGAUCCUCACCAGUUCCCACACCAAGUGGGGAUCCUAAUUGAAACUUCAAGUGGCACUGCUUUCUGUGGCGGAUCCGUGCUCUCGAAUGAGUGGAUUUUGACGGCCGCCCACUGUGCUGUAGAGUGAGUUGGUUGUCCAAAUCCUUGCUCCGGCCGAGAGUGGCUACGGCUCUUGUUUAUCUCGGGGAGAAUACAAGAGGAUCUGAAUGCAUUGAUGGUUGAAUUCUUUCUCGGAGAUUGUUUUGAUGUGAGCGGGGAACCGUACCAAAGACUGGAAACCAGGGACUGGUCGAAUCUGCUGUCUCUUGAACCGAAACUUCCACAUUAUCCUUUCGUCAGAGGAAAUCUCUCGCCAGGUAGUUCACGAAUUACUGGAGGUCAAGAGGCCGAUCCUCACCAGUUCCCACACCAAGUGGGGAUCCUAAUUGAAACUUCAAGUGGCACUGCUUUCUGUGGCGGAUCCGUGCUCUCGAAUGAGUGGAUUUUGACGGCCGCCCACUGUGCUGUAGAGGGUUCAAGUUUUGAGGUCAUUCUUGGUGCACAUCGUGUUCUAGAACAAGAGGCCUCUCAGGUGCUUGUCAAAACGACAGAAAAGCACGUUCAUCCAAAUUGGGAUUCAGCGACACUGGAAAAUGACAUUGCUCUCCUUAAAUUGCCCGUCAAAGUCGAACUGAACGAUGACAUCAAGUCCGUUCGUCUGCCGUCACGUGGACAGCUGAAUGAAAACUUCGCUAAUGCAGACACCACAGUCAGCGGCUGGGGAAAAGACUCCGACAGCGCUUCUACCAUCAGCCCAGUUCUGAGAUUUGUUCAGAGUCCUGUGAUCUCCAAUUUGCAGUGUGACAUCUACUAUUUGGGCUUAAUAAAUGACGGACAUAUCUGCACUUCAGGCAGUGGGGGGAAGAGCACCUGCAGCGGUGACAGCGGUGGUCCACUGAUCAUCACAGAAUCUGACAGGCUGCCAACUCAGAUCGGAUUGGUUUCCUUCGGAAUCUCGCUUGGAUGUGAGAUUGGAUGGCCCCCAGCGUUCACGAGGAUUACCGCUUUCCUCAGCUGGAUUGAAUCCACAACAGGCAUUCCAAUAAGAGACUAGUGCAUUUAGAAGUAAUUACACGUGCCUUCAAUUAAACUAAAUUCUUUUCGCAUGUAUUCUUGGAAUUUAUUGUAUUGAAAGGGUAUGCAAUAAUAAAUAAUAAAUUUUUCCUCA